UCGUGGCGGCGCUAGCGGCGUGGAUACCGACAAGAUGAUCGCCAUCUUGUUGAGUGCGAGAGGAUGUGGUUUCGGUCAAUCCCGUUUAUUUUACUUAUUUAGUGAAUAAAUUUGACAUAUCUGCAGCACGGUAACUCGCGACAUUUCGCCGACAUGACGCAGUACCUACCGCCGAAUUUGCUGGCGUUGUUCUCGCCACGCGAGCCGAUUCAAUAUUUGCCGCCUGCGAGCAAACUGCCGCAUGAGAAGAAGAACGGCGGCUACGCCGGCGUCGGGUGCUUCCUCAAGUGUUUCGAGGAUCCCAAGGAUACUCCACCACCUCUGCGUGUAGAGACUCGAGAAGAACGUAUGGAACGUCGACGACGAGAACGCGCGGAACAGGUUGCAUAUAAAUUGGAACAAGAAAUUGCAGUAUGGGAUCCAGCUGGCAUUUCCAACGUUACAGCAGACCCCUUCAAGACUCUGUUCGUAGCUCGAAUUAAUUAUGACACCUCAGAAUCCAAACUGAGAAGAGAAUUUGAAGUAUACGGACCGGUAAAAAAGAUUGUGGUAACACAUAAUACAAUUAAUGGCAAGCCUAGGGGAUAUGCUUUCAUUGAGUAUGAGCAUGAACGAGAUAUGCACUCUGCAUAUAAGCAUGCGGAUGGUAAGAAAAUAGACGGCCGCAGAGUAUUAGUGGAUGUCGAGCGGGCGAGAACGGUGAAGGGUUGGCUGCCUCGGAGACUCGGCGGCGGCUUAGGUGGUACUCGUAGAGGCGGUCCGGACGUUAACAUCAAACAUUCAGGACGGGAAGAUAACGAGAGGGAGCGGGAGCGAUAUCGCUUGGAACGUGAGAGAGAAACCACGGGACGUGGUCUGGAUAGAGACAGAGAUCGCGACCGUUUGGACAGGGAACGUCGCAGGUCGCGCGAUCGUAAGCGAAGGACUCGGAGCAGAUCGCGUGAACGCAGACGCAGGCGAAGCCGCGACCGCCUGCCCGAUCCCGAUAUCGAGGAGAUUGAACGUCCACGCGACAGGAGGGAACGUGAUCGCGACCGUGAUCGGGAUCGCAAAAGGCGACGGUCGCGUAGCAACGAUCGUGAUCGCGAGAGGGAUCGUAAACGGGACAAGCGGGAGCGGGAUCGUGACCGUAGGGACAGAAAGGAUCGCGGCGAUCGUCAGGACGAGGAUACGAAAGAGAUUCGCAUUAAGGAAGAGCCGUUGGAUGAUUAUCCAGACUACAGCAAUACAUUUGCGACGUCGGGCUCGUACUUCACCGCAGUCAAGUACGAAGACGAUAACGAUCAGGAAGUGGAGGAGAAAUACCGGAUUCCGGAGGGUCGUCCCGACCCGCCUCCAUAUAACAAUUACGAUUCCGUACAAGAUUAUUAAUCUCGAGCACACAUUUCUAUCGUACGAGUAUCCCUUUUUUCACGAUAAGCCAUCGUCGCCUUAUUUUAUCGUUGUAUUGUCUUUACUGCUAGCACAAUACUGGCGAAUUAGCUCUUUAUAGGAGCGAAUCAAGCUGAGCGUUCUUCAAUUAUAAUAAAUAAUUUGGUCAACUACGAUGUCGUAAAACAGGUACAGGUAAUUCUGUAAAAUAUUUAAUUUCCAUAGAACUGCUAAAAUACGAGUACGUCAAAUAAAAAACAUUACAUUAUGAUAAGAAACAAAAGAUAUGAAUUUACAUUUAGCAAAUUAAAUUCUGACAUAAAAGAUCGUUGAAAAAGAUUUGACACAUUGCUAUAUGUGACAUGAUAUAAAAACUGGUAAAUGAUGUACAAAUCGCUUUCUCGUUUUAAUAACAUUGAGUUAUUAUAAUGGAAUUUACCAGAAUUAAUUAUAUACAUAUAUAUAUAUAUAUAUAUGCAAUUAUUUAUGCAAAUUUAAAGUACUCACGCAUCUUUUUCCUCCCUCUUUUUUGUACCUGUCACUGAUAAAGUUCUAUCUACAAUAUAAAGAAAUCUUCGACAUCAUUAAUGAAUUAAAGUGUAACUAAUAAAUUGUAGCAGAUCAUGUGAAGCCUCAUGAUCAAAUUCAUAAUUGAUUGAAUACCAUGUACUAUAUGUUGUUCAAUAAAACAUGUAAUUUAAGUAUCGGUCUCGUCUACAUGUAUACGUAACUGCGCGUGCGAAACACACACAAAAUUUGACUUAUGACUGCUACAUGUAUAUUUAUAUGUCGAGUAAAAUAAAAUAUGAAAUUAACUUGUUA